AUGAAGCCCCCACUCUUGUUUGCUGUCCUCCUCUGGCUCCGGGGCUUUUUGGCUAAGGAAGAGGCAUGCCACUCCCUGGAAGGGAAUCCUGAACGCACCCCCUUUUCUUCAGGCCCACCCCCAAAGGUGAACAUCAGCAGCCAGGGGAGCCCUACUAGCCUCUUUCUGAGCUGGGCAGCCCCGGAGCCAGGCAGUUUCGACCAUGCCCUCCGCCUCAUGCGUCUCAGCCCCCUCGGCUCUCCUGAAGGGCAGCCGCUUCAGGCCCGCACCAAUGCAUCCAGCUUUGAGUUCCGGGACCUGGUGCCAGGGAGUGGCUACCAGCUGGAAGUGACUGCCCUGCGGCCCUGUGGGCAGGAUGUCACUGUCACCCGUACUGCCCGCACUGCCCUGUCAACUGUCCAUGAACUGCAGCUCCACAGCCCUGGGAGUCCUUCCAGCCUGGAGGCCUCAUGGGGUGAUGCCCCUGGGAAGCAGGAUGGCUACCAACUUCUCUACCACCUGGAAUCCCAGACACUGGCACAUAAUGUCUCCAUUCCCCCGGGCACCCUGUCCUACAAUCUUGGCAACCUCUUGCCAGGCAGUGAGUAUGUUUUGGAAAUCACCACCUGGUCUGGCAACCUCCAAGCGAAGACCAACCUCUGCCAGUGGACAGCCUCCAUGUCUCCGGAUCACCUGGCGCUGCACACCCUGGGCACCAGUGCCCUGCAGGCCUCCUGGAAUGGCUCCGAGGAGGCCACCUGGUUCCACCUAGUGCUUACAGACCUUCUAGGUGGCACCAACCUGACGGCAGUAGUCGGAUGGGGCAUAUCCUGUCGCACCUUCCUUCACCUGUUCCCGGGCACCCACUAUGAGCUGACACUUAGUGGUGGUGGGCCCCAUUGGGCAGUGGGGCCCAAUGCCACCGAGUGGACCUAUCCCUCGCCCCUUGACCUGGUAUUGACUCCUCUUGCCCCUAAGCUUUUGGCAAGCUGGAAGGUGGGACCUGGUGCCUAGGGUGGCUUCUUGCUGAGGCUGAGCGGGCCGGUGGAGAAAAAUAUCACUCUGGGCCCGGAGGCCCUCAAUGCCACAUUCCCAGGGUCCCUGCCCACUGGUGGGAGGUGGGCACUGCUCUAUGCUGAGAAUGCCCCAGGCCUCCUUGGAAACAUCUCCGUGCCAUCUGGUGCCACCCACAACACCUUCUGUGGCCUGGUCCCUGGGGCCCCCUACCGGGUCGACAUCUCUGGGAGUGUCAUCCAGAGCCUCAAGGGCCACACAGGUCCUCUGCCAACACAGUCACUGGAGGUCACCAGCAGGGGCAGUCCCUCUGACCUGGCCAUUGGUUGGGUCCCAGCACCAGGGCAGCGGGAAGGCUACGGGGUCGCCUGGCACCAGGUGGGCAACCAGAGCUCACGAGAAAGUCUCGUCGACGUGGGUCCAGAUAAUUCCAGCCUGACUCUGAGGAGUCUGGUGCCUGGCUCCUGCUAUACCGUGUCACUGUGGGCCUGGACGGAGAACCUGAGCUCCAGCAUCCGGGGGACCCGUGCAUGCACCUCACCUGCUCCUCCUGCCAACUUGAGCCUGGACCUUGUGGCCCAGCCUCCGGCCCUGAAGUCUUCCUGGAAUGCCCUGCGAGGGGGAAGGGACGGCUUCCAGCUGCAGCUUUUUUUUUUUAGCCCUCUCGUCCCUCUUCUGGUGAAUGUGACCAGUGAAGGGCCCACCCAGCUCCGGGCAUCAUGGGUCCAUGCUCCUGGGGGCCGGGACGGCUACCAGGUAACCCUGUACCAGGCAGGUACCCAGGCAGGCACUCGUGCCGUAGGAGUCGAGGUGGACGGCAUCAACUUUUCGGCUCUGACUCCAGGCACUGAGUACGAGGUGGAGAUUGUCUUGCAGGCCGGGCCCCUUCAUGCCACAGCAGCCAUUGUCUCUGGCUGGACCUCCCCGCUCACACCCAGUGAGUUGUUGGUAUCGAUGCACACGGGCACUGCCAUGGUCAGCCUGGCCUGGGCCAGCGGCCCCUCGGGGCAAGGUGCAUGCCACGCCCAGCUCUCAGAGGCUGGACUCUUCUCCUGGGAGCAGCCCCUGGUGCUGGGCCAAGCCCAUCUCAUCCUGAGAGGACUCACACCUGGACGAAACCUCUCCCUGUCAGUGCUGUGCCAGGUGGGGCCGCUCCAAGCAUCCACUCACCUUGUGGUGCCGCCUGUUGAGCCUGACCCUGUGGAGGAUGUGCAAUGCCAGCCUGAGGCCACCCGCCUGGCCGUGAACUGGAUGGUGCCUCCAGGGGAUGUGGGUGCCUGCCUGGUGGUGGCAGAGCAGCUGGCAGCAGGAUGGAAUGCUCACCGGGUGUUCCAGGCCAACACAUCCAGGGAUGCAGUCCUGGUACUCAACCUGGUACCUGCCACUUCCUAUCGCCUCAGCCUCUCUGUGCUGGGCAGGAAUGGUCUGUGGAGUCGGGUGGUCACCCUAGUGUGUGCCACUACUGCUGACGCCUGGCAUCCCCCAGAGUUAGCCCCACCCCUUCAGCUGGCCUGGACGGGAAUGGGAGUGAUGAUCCCACAGGGCAUGUUUGGCAAGGAUGAUGGGCAGAUCCAGUGGUGUGGCAUCAUUGUCACCACCAUGUCACUGGCUCAGUCUUCCCGGGAAGCCAUCAACCACACGUGGCAUGACCACUACUACGGAGGACACGACUCCUACCUGGCCACCUUGCUCCCCAACCCCUUCUACCCAGGGCCCUGGGCUGUGCCGCGGUCCUGGACAGUGCCUGUGACAGGGACAGAGGACUGUGGCCACAGCCAGGAGAUAUGUAAUGGGCAGCUCAAGCCAGGUUCCCAAUACAGGUUCAGUGUUGCAGCCUUUACCAGGUACAGCCCUCCUGAGACCCCCAUCUCCUUCUCAGCCUUCGCAGAGCCCUGGGCCAGCAUCUCCUCAGAAGCCAUGCCCCUGCCAGUCGUGGUGGGGAUCGUGGCGGGCUGUGUCCUUCCCAUCUGUGCUGUGCUGGGCCUGCUGUGCUGGAGACGGAGGCAGGGGCAGAGAGCAGAGAAGAAUCCAUUUUCCCAAGAGCUGACGGCUUACACCCUGCAGCAGACCCACUGGUCAAUCCCUAUCCACAGCUUCCGGCAGAACUACGAGGUCAAGAGUGCUCAUGCUCACCAAGCCUUCUUUCUGGAGUUUGAGGAGCUGAAGGAGGUGGGCCAGGAGCAGCCCAGACUGGAGGCCGAACACCCCGCCAACACUACCAAGAACCGCUGCCCACAUGUGCUGCCCUAUGACCACUCCGGGGUCAGGCUGACCCAGCUGGAGGGGGAGCCCCACUCCGACUGUAUCAACGCCAACUUCAUUCCAGGCUACACCCACGCGCAGGAGUUCAUCGCCACCCCGGGGCCUCUCCAGAAAACGCUGGAGGACUUCUGGCGGCUGGUGGGGGGGCAGCAGGUCCACGUCAUCGUGAUGCUCACCGUGGGCAUGGAGAACGGGAGGGUGCUGUGUGAGCAUUACUGGCCGGCAGACUCCACCCCGGUCACCCAUGGUCUCAUCACCAUCCACCUCCUGGCUGAGGAGGCUGAGGAGGAGAGGACUGAGAGGGAAUUCCAGCUGCAGCACGCUGUUCAUCAACAGCAGAGGAGCGUGAAGCAGUUGCAGUUUGCCACUUGGCCCCACCACAGCAUCCCUGAGGCGCCCAGCUCCCUGCUCACCUUCGUGGAACUGGUACAGGAGCAGGCGAGGGCCACCCAGGGCCCUGGGCCCAUCCUGGUGCACUGCAGCUCCCCAGGGCUGUCCCUGCAGUGCGGGCGUGGGCCGACGGGCACCUUCGUGGCCCUCUCGAGGCUGCUGCAGCAGCUGGAGGAGGAGCAGAGAGUAGAUGUGUUCCACACUGUGUAUGCACUCCGGCUGCACUGGCCCCUCAUGAUCCAGAUGCGGAGCCAGUACAUCUUCCUGCACAGCUGCCUCCUGAACAAGAUUCUGGAAGAGCUCACUGACACCUCUGAGUCCCCGCCAGUCUCCCUGAGGGACUUCACGCAGGCGUGCGCCAAGAGGGCGGCCGACGCCAACGCUGGCUUCUUGAAGGAGUAUGAGCUCCUGAGGCAGGCCAUCGAGGACGGGGCUGGCUCGUCGGCACCCCCUCCUGGCUAUGAGCCGGACAGUGCAGUCCCCUAUGACCGUUCUCAGGUGCAGUUUUCGCCAGUGGAGGAGCCCCCUGACGACAUGCCUGAAGCCUGGCUCUUCCCUGGUGGGCCUUCUGGCCAUGAUCACGUGGUGCCGACUGGCCCCGCAGGGCCAGAAGAGCUCUGGGAGCUGGUGUGGCAGCACGGGGCCCAUGUGCUGGUCUCCCUGUGCCCGCCCAACACCCUGGAGAAGGGGGAGAGCAAGAAGGAGAAGCAGGUGCAGAGACUGCAGUUUCCAUACUGGGAGCCUGGGCAGGAGCUGCCCACCACCCUGCUGCCCUUCCUGGCUGUCGUGGGCCAGUGCUGCUCCCAGGGCGAAGGCAAGAAGCCAGGCACUCUGCUCAGCCACUCCAGCAAGGGCGCCACCCAGCUGGGCACCUUCCUGGCCAUGGAGCAGCUGCUGCAGCAGGCAGGGGCUGAAUGCACCGUGGAUGUCUUUAACGUGGCUCUGCAGCAGUCACAGGCCUGUGGCCUCAUGACCCCAAUGCUGGAGCAGUAUCUCUGCUUCUACAACUGUCUGAACAGUGCGUUGGUGGACGGGCUGCCCCGAGUCAGCACUGGUCACUGUGCUGUGUUGCAGCAGAGGUGGUCAGUGCCCUACCAGGCGGGGAGAGCCAACCCCAGCAAGUUCGUUCAGGCCUGGCUCUCCUGGCAGGGCAGCCUCCGCUGGGCCCUGUGCUGUGAAGGGCCAGAGUUGGGAAAUAAAGAUGCGAUCAAGCCUGAGGCUGUGUUGUGUCUGUCUGUCCUCUGA